AUGUCUUUGAGUGAAGUGCAAGAGAGGGUUGUGCAGCUUGAGAGUGCCAUCAAACGUUUGGAUAUCGUCAAGAAACACCUCAACCGAAAUGCCUCAGAUGUCAAGGCUGAGAUACAUGCCAGUGUCAGCCGUAACCUAGAAUGUCUACGAAACAGGGAGGUGACACUGCUGCGCCAGGUAGAUCAGGUGUUGAGGGUCAAAGAGGAAACACUGCAAAAGCAGCAGGCCAGGCUAAACCAGACUCUUGGUGUGUUACGGACUGGCCUGUCCAUGAUUCUGGAACACACCGCUUCUGAGAGGCAACUAACUGAAACACUAGAGAAAUUAAACAGAAUUGAACUGUCACCGGAAGAAACUCCGUACAUUUCCUUUAGGGCUGACCAUGUGAAGCUUCGUGAAUCAAUUCUCCAUUAUGGUAGAGUUGAUGCCAGUGGACUUCCACCUCUUAUGGCCUUUAAUGAUCCGGGAAAUCCAUCUGCCAGUUUGCCACGUCGCGUUGAGGAGUACCAGGAUGUUGACCACCAUAUUUUCUAUAAAACUCUGGAGAGACAGACCUCAGCUUCAGGUGUGCGAAGGAUCAAUGUUGCAAUACCAAAGUUGUCAACCCAUCUUGAGGACUGGCUGCAGAAGAAAACACCAGCCAUCAAAACCAAGACUGAAGUCAAGGCUCCAGACAGAAGGCAGCCGGCCACUCGUCCCAACUUGCUGAAUAAAUCCGGUGACCUGCCGGUGAUCGGUGUCUCUGACAGCUCCACCCCGGGUAGCUCUUGCAGCUUGAACAGCUGGUUGAGCCUUAUUAAACAGCACGCUGACCUUGAAGAAGAGCAUGAUUUUGAGAUUGUUGACAAUUCUUGUUUGCAUAAAGCUGAGAUCAGGUCGCCUUUCGCAAGCACUGAAGCUUCACCUGCAUGUUUUCAAGCCAUCAAGAAGGAUCUCAGGAGCUGGUUGUUCAGUGGUAGCCAGUGUGGUGCCCAGUUUUCCUCGACUUUCUUUAGUCAUCUUCCAUCAGACAGCAAGUUUUGGCUGCCCAAGACCUGCCAGCAGGAAACCAACCUUGAUGACUUGAAGCAUCAGGACUUCUUCAAGGAUAUCAGCAGUGAGCUUUCCACAUGGUUGCAUUCACAGGCGGAGUGUCAGCAGCUAGCAGCCCACGAUGGAGGGGAUUCUCAUGAUAUGGCCACACAAGACAAGGAAGAAUGUCUGCAAGCACAGAACAAAGCAUUUCAAGCUGAAAUUGAACAUGAAAGUGUACAGUCUGACAGGGCCAGUCGUACGAACCGCAGUGGUUGUAGCAGCAGCAGCUGCACUAGCGAAGAUGAAGGAAAGUGGUUGCUGUGCAGUGUGGCAAGUGAUCCUUCCUUCCAGCUGGAGGAUAUCUGCCAGUCCAGUGAUGUCUGUUUCAAGGCAUCCAAGUGCAACUCACAACCUGAUUGUUUCAGGCCGUGCUUCAAGGAUAAAUCUCCAGUGGGAGCUGUUGUAGAUCCUGCUCUUUCCUUCAGACCUGCAUCCGUGGCAUCAAGCUCCUGGCCUUCACUGACAGUAUCUCAGAAACUGGUCAAGUGCUCAUCCACUACUGUUGCAGAAAAGAAAGGCCUUGAUUUGUUCAGUCAUAUACCCAGUGCCGGUAACUCUAUGUGGCUGAUGAAAUCAAACACACAGUCUUCCCCUGAACUUGGUAAGAACCAGUGUCCUUCUGAUAAUUCUAAAGAUGACAAACCAGAGACAAGUCUUUGGCUGCAGAAGAAAGGCUGCAUCAGUGCGGUGGAUUUAGCAUCUUCUGCAUGGGCUAAAUCAGGCUCAGUCUCCACAGAUUUCUGCAUAUCUGACUGGCUGAUGGUUCCAGUUAAGGUGAAGGGUGGUUGUUCUGAAGAGGUUGACCAGAACAAGAAUGAGUCUGAGGGAUGA